CGCCGGCAGUUGCACGUGGGUGACGCCGCCUCCGCCAUCGCCUCCUGCACCCUCCAUGUGACAGCGCGCCCGCCACCUCUGCCGUCGGCCCCGCGCCCGCGCCCUCGCCAGCGCGUGUGUGUGCGCGCGUGCGUGCGUGUGUGGUGUGACAUGUGCGCCGCUUCUGCCGCGGCGGCGUUACCCGCACGCUAUAAUUAACUUUCACGUUCAAGAACGCGUAUAUUUCUCCGGGCCGGGCUGCCCUGUCAAUAUUUUUAACUCGCGCGCCCGCUUUUACGUAAGAGUGCGUGAGUGGCGGUGCGUCGGUCCCGGGACAUUCGCCGGACGGGACGGGACUGGACGGGGCGUCCGCCGGCCAGGACUAGCGAGCACGGCGCGCCCGCCCGCUGCACCAUGAAGAGCUGCGACGGCCGGAAAGGCUGCCGGCGUGCGGCGACCAGCCACGCGACCGCCGCCGCGCUGCGCCUCUGAAGCCGCCACCGCCGGCUUCGACGUACCUGAUCUAGUCACCCACAUGUAUAUAGACUGGGAAAACUACUCCGUUAUGGGAAUAAAAACUAUGAAGUCUUUCAAUAGGCCUAGAGUCAGUUUCACACAGAGAUUACGUUUUGCCUCAGUGCGUACCCUGAAUAUCAGUAGAAAAGAGUGGCAGUUAGGAUUUUCUUCGUCGUCUUCGCUUCUUCUUCUCCUUUUGUUGCCUUUACUUCGUACUUGUUUUCCGUGCGCUCGCAGCUCGUGCUUGGAGCGCUGGCGAGCUAAACCUGCGCUGGCUCCCCUCAUUCAUGAAGCAUCCGACUGCGCCUCCGUUGCCGCCGAGCGGUCCGUGUGUCUGGGGCUCCCUUGGGAGAGUGCGUCGUGCACGGGGAGGUGGUGUCGUUUGCCCGCGCUCUUGACAUUCAGCGCGAGGCGCUAUCGCUCGUCAACGCGCACCUGGGGCGCGCGCUCGGAGGGUCAACGCUUCCUAUGCGAUAAGGCCGCCGCCGCCACCGCCUCCGCCUCCGCCGCCGCCAACGCCACCGCCGCCGCCGGUGCAGACUUCGGCGACCCGUCGCAUGCCGGCCUCUCUAAUGCGCGUUCCGUGUCUGUCAAGUACGCGCGGCCGAGCGCUGUUAGUCGGACGAGGGCGGGGGGGGUCGAGAGGGGCGGCAACGGCGUGCCCGGCCUCACCGCUGUUGCCGCCGGCGACACAUGA